AUGAAGCUCUACAUCCCUGCAUACCGCAAGGAUGUGAAAACAGCUUUCGAGCGAAAGAAGUUUGCCACGAUGCAUGUUCUUUCACUUUAUCCUGCCCGAGUCGAGAAGAGAACGGGGCUUUUUGCUGGCCUCUCGAAGAGUGGCGUAGUGCUGCUACGCCAGUUCAAAUUGGAUGACAUAAAGGCCCGGGACUAG